CCAGUCUGCCAAAGUAGACGUUUUGCGGCCGAAGUUUUAAAACCACACGUUCCCACUACAUCUUCCGGCCGUUAUAAAUAAAUGAGAGAGAAAUUUCGUUAUGCUCAUUAUCUAAUGACACGCCGCGUUGCGACCAAUUCUAGUUUACUCGCGUUCUGCGUAUUAUAAGCUAAUCAUGAAACUUCUUAUAGCAGUAUGUACUUUAGUGACCGUAUGUAUUUGCAUCACCAAGGGCAUGUCGUACGAUGAAUUACGUCCACACAAGGCAGAGAUGACAGAAUGCGGGAGAACUCGUAUACAGAUGAAAAAGGUAAUGUGCGUGCCAAGGCCUACCAUGGAAAAAUUAAUACCGCAACCGGGCUACACCUUUUAUCCGAAUUAUGCCUUGGUGAAUAAAUGCAGCGGUUACUGUCCGGGAAGUAAGUCAUGCAUGCCAAUCCGCACGCAGCCCAAGAAGAUCGCCGUGAGAGUGUACGGCUAUAACUCGACCGAGUGUUAUCACGUGUUUCUCGAGGAGCAUACCAAGUGCAAAUGUCACUGCAGCGUGAAGGAAAGUGAUUGCAACGUCCAUCAGAUAUAUUCAGAAAAUAACUGCGCGUGCGAAUGCUUGAAUAGAAUACAGUGCGAUGAAGCGCGCCAGAUGGUUUGGGAUGAAGAAACGUGCAAGUGUAUUUGCAACAAAGAAGAAGAAAGUUGCUCGACUGGGCUCGAAUGGGUUUCCUCUCGUUGCAGAUGCGCCAAGGUGAUGGAGAUGAAUCAAUUAGAACAAUCUAAUAUGGAUAUGGAUAUGGAUAUGGCUAUGGUUCACGCAAAGAAUCCUAUCUUGCAUGACACGGAAGUAUUGUCAUUAUUCGAUAGUACAUUAAGAAAUGAGUAAAAAAAUGGAGUCACCAUUUUAAUUUUUAAUUUCAAUUUAUUUGUAAUAAAGUUCUUUAUAUA